AUGGCAGAAGCAGCUAGUGAACCAGACUAUAGUGUGGAUGAACAUGCCAAAGAAGGAUAUGUACGUCUCAGGAUUAAGAUUCCCAACCUGAAAGUCAAAGGUCCUGGUAUGAUGGACAAAAUACUACACAGACAUCCUCACCCUGAAGGGAAGAAUGCAGUAAUUGAAGUACCUGUAUUUACUAAAAGGAGUUUUGAGCUAAAUGUAAGAGGAGCUACAGCUGGAGCAAUGAAGGGAGCUCAGUAUUGCCUGAAGGUCCACCGGUUACCAUUUCCCAUUGAUGAUGAUGAUUGCUACAUUACAGCAGAAGAUGGCUGGAUUGUCAUGUUCUUGAAGAAGACUGACGAGAGUGAGUCCUGGGAGAAAUUUAUCAGAGACGGUGCACUGGAAACAGCCACCAACGACUAG